CGGUCAUUGGAAAAGCGUUAGGCUACAGGCGCUCAACGAUCGGAACAAUUUUAAUGAAGGAUGUGAAGGCUACACAGGUUACCCGAUGAAAGCUACAAUUAUUACUAAGCGACAAAGUGGUUUAAUUAUUGAAAUACGUAUGUUUCUUUAGUGUUUUAUAUGCCGAGUAAGGUAAAAUAUAUACUAUAUACGAAGAAAAACGUUUGACUAACUGAUGCUAAAUAAUACCGGAGGUACCUUUUCCGACUUCAAAUCCGACUUAAGGACAGUGACAGGAACGAAACUCCUUCAUAACCCGGGGACUGCCUGUACUUUUAAAUCAUUUCAAGAUUACUUAUAAUACCUAAUACAAUGUAAAUUCUAUGGAAAUAGUUGUUAUACAGUAUUGUUUAGGGAAAAAUGACAAAAAAAAAGUUUGUAUAUGCUCAAACAACAAGUGCUGGAGGGAGAACCGCUCCGCGGUUGGUUGAAUCCCCGCAUGCGGAAUCCGCGCAUAAGGAGGGCCGACUGUAGCUGAAAAGGAAUGGUCAGAACAACCCAUUACACUGGCAUUUUCUGACACGUAGAUUAUUUCUAUGAUUAAGCAAUGCUUAUAUAGAAAAUGCUUCCAAAUUGCUUUUAAUUACCUCAGUGUUAUGUUAACUAUUAAUAUGAAUUUCUAGUGAUAAUAAGGAAGUAGCUGGUAGUGCAAAGAUCGAACAUCAGACGCAACAACGGAGACUCAGCAGAAGAAGAACCGCACAAACUGAGAAAGAGCACAAUUUGCUUUCCAUCCAACGAACAUCAUGAGCAACACACCGGGAGAUUUAUUGAAAGAGAAGCUCGAUCAGCUGCAGUGUCACUUCACAUGGAGUCCACAGAAAGAAACUAUUGACUUGGACGAUAUGAUGUUAAGAUUGCAAGAUUCUCUGGCAUUGGGUAAAAAAUAUCAAGCUGCAUCGUACAACCAUCUGGCUUUUGUAAACUCUCUGCAGGGUCAUUUUGAAGAAGCCAUUCAAAAUUUAAAGGAAGCUGAAAAGAUUCUGAGGGAGGAGUACAAAGAUGAAUUUGAAAGAAGAAGCAUCAUCACCUAUGGAAACUUUGCCUGGGUGCAUUACCACAUGGGACAACUGACCGAGGCCCAGUCCUAUCUCGACAAGCUGGAGAUGAUCUGUAAACCGCUCAGUGAUGGCCCUCGCUAUACAGCAAUGAUACCCGAGGUGUACGGGGAGAAGGGAUGGUCAUUGAUGAGUUCUGCUGCUGAAUACUAUGAGGAGGCAAAGGAAUGCUUUUCAAAGGCUCUGGAGCAAGAUCCUGACAACACUGAGUGGAUAAUGGGACAUGCAACUGCACUGUCUCGGCUGGAAGCAUUUUCUGGAACCCCAGAGAGUCGUGAUCAGAGUCAGUCAGUGAAGUAUUUCCGACGAGUACUGGAGCUUGAUCCAGAUGAUGCUGUGGCCAUGGUGCUGUUGGCUCUAAAACUGCAGAGGUUAGGGCAAAAUGAGGAAGCAAAUGAGUUAGUUGAAAAAGCACUGACAAAGACCCCAGAUCUGCCAUAUAUUCUUCGCUAUGCUGCAAAAUAUUAUAGACAAAGGGGAUUUGUGGAGAAAGCAAUUGAGCUCUUGAAACAAGCAUUAGAAUUAACUCCACACUCUGGUUUCUUACACCACCAACUUGGAUUGUGCUACAGAAGUAAGCUGAACUAUACUCGUUGCAGAUAUCCUCGCAAUCCUGUAUUUCAUCAGAAAGCUGAGUUGAUCAAUCUGUGCAAGUAUCAUCUUGAAAAGGCUUUUGAUCACCGUCGAAGGUCAUUUAUUAGAGCACAACUGGACUUUGCAGACAUCUGCAUAACUAGUGGGGAAUAUUCCAGAGCAGAGGAGACUUACCGUAGAUUGGUGGAGUUAGUGGACAUUCGACCAGAGAAUAUGCAGAGCAUUUGUCUGGAAGCUGGGUUAUUUGAACUGUACCAGAAAAGAUCUGAAACAAAUGCUGUUCGCCUCUUCCUGAAAGGAGUGAAAAUUGAAUAUAACUCAAGAGAACGGGGAAAAUGUCGCAUGAAUUUGGAGCAGUGGGCAGAUAGAAAACUUAGUGUAAAUGCACAUGACAGCAAGGCUCUUAGUAUUAAAGCAAUUCUGUAUCAGCUGGAUGGGAAAAUGGGUAGAGCAACUGAAUACUUUGAGAAGGCCUUGGAGUUUGAUCCUGGCAAUGAGGAAUAUGUGAGUGCUCUUUCUCAAUUACGUAUUUGAGCACCACUGGAUGUUUAAAAGAUGCAUUUCCAUCUGAUCUGUGGAUAGGUUUGGUGGGUUGUUGCUUUACUAGUUAUAUCCUUUCAGCACCUUCUCUUACUCGUUAGUGCCUAAUUUGCAAAAAUGGUCUGUCUACAACUAUACCCAAUUAUUGCGUUUCUUUAAGAAAUCUUCAUUCCUCAAGUACCCUUUUACAAGUUUUGCUUCUCUGGACUCUGGAAAACUGGGAUUGGGGAUAAUGCAGCAAGUAGAGUUAACUGAGUAAUCAAACAUUUUUCCACAUUUGUUUGUUACACCUAUUAACCUUUGAAUGUAUUUUACUUUUCACGUGGAUUUUGAUGUAGAAGUGUAAUGGUGGGAUGAUUUUUCGAGAGCAAUUUUAUUUUAAGAAUCAUUGUAAAAUAUCCUCUUUAGAUAUGUCUGGUAAUUAAAGCUUCAAAGCAGAGGUUGGACUUGUCUUGACAAAAUCAAAAGAACACAAGCAACAAAUCCUAACAGCAUGAAUCCAACCUGCUGAGUGUGGUGGAGGAAUGGCUUGGAAGGAGGAAUGACUGGCGAGUGGCAGUGGAGGGGUUUCGGGGAUAAUGAAUGGAAUUAACAAAAAAUAUGAUAUCUCUGGUCAGGUUUUCUCUAAAAGAAAUAUACACUUAUUGAUAAUGUUAUGAAUCAUUUUGUAAAGUGAAGGGGAUGAUUGCCAUUCCCAAGCCAUACAAGUUAAUUGAAUUAAUCAGAUAGAACCACUUAAGUUGUUAGUGAAUUCAGUGUUUCCCCACCUUACAGCAGUUUGAGUACCACAAAUACUCCAUCAGAGAAUUCAUAGAUUACUCCAAAAUAAAUCAGCAUAUUGUAUAAAAGUUUGAUCUUACAUGCCUUGGAUGUGAAAAAAUAAACACAAAU